AAUAACAAUAAUAAUCCAAAUCAAAUCCCAUUACAACAACAAGUUGUACCACCACCACAACAACAACGAGUCUAUCAAAAUCGUCGUCGUGGUGGUGUUUUAGGGGGCAAUCAUGAUAAUAAUAAUAAUAAUAAUGGGGGCAAUAAUUAUCAUAAUAAUGGGUACUUUUAUCCGAAUUGUCAAGGUUAUCCUAAUUAUCAAGGUAUUCGUCGAAAUUUUAUUCCUCGAAAUAUCUAUUAUAAUCGAAAUUAUAUACCACAACAACCAUACAUUAAUUAUGAUAUGGUCAAUCAAGGAAGAUUUUAUCGUCAAACUUUAAGAAGGUUUAGUCAAGGUCAACAACAACAACGACGACAAAGUCGUUCAAAUAGACCUCAAAAUCGAUCACGAAAUGGUUCAAAUCAACAACAACGACAACGAAGUCAAU